CUACCAUCCCUAAUUUUCUUCUGAACACAAAUUUUGGUGUGAUUCUUUAGGUGGGUAGUACCAUUAUUUGAUUCCCCACCUAAUUGCUUCUUACAAUAAUUGCAUUUAGCCUUGACAAUUCCAUUAAUUCGAACUUUGGUAUAGUGUAACCAAACAACACUCUUAAGCUUACCAACGUCGAGUACUUUCCAAAAUCUUUUUUGAAAAUUCAACAGAUUAUAACUCAUUCUUUUUACAUCGGGUUUUAAAAAUUUUGCGUAGAAAUAUCAAACUUUGGUGCUCUACAAGAUGAUACCUAUUUUAAUAUUUUUGUAGAAAAACUUUUUCACAUCAUCUUACCAAUGUCAUAUCAUGAUAUGACAGUACCAAUGUCAUCUUACCAAUGUCAUAUCACGAUAUGACAGUGGUAUGAUUAUAUUGUGGUAAGAUCAUGAUAUGAAAGUAGCAAGAUGGUUCUAUGAAAUCUUAUCAUAGUGGUAUGAUGGUUUUAUGACAGUAGUAAAAUAAUAUGAAUAUUAUAAUUGCCAUACCACUACCAUUUCAUGAUAGUUUCUUAUUAGAGUGGUAAGAUAAUAUUAUGAAGUCUUACCAUAAUGAUAUGAUGUUGAUAAAACAGUGGUAAGAGUGUAUGAAGCAUCUUUGUUGAUCGUUAAAGAUAACGGUUGACUAGAUGGAGGUCAAACCAAUGUUGACGUUUGCUAACAUGAAAAAAAUAUAAUUGCCACAUUGAUGCCACGUCAUUCGAGAUACCCACUCCGGACCCGCCCAUUGUCAUUCCUAAUGGAAAACACAAUGUCUCGAGUGAAAGAGACUCCAAUCCCCACACGAAACAGUUUAAAUCCCCCCUAAACCUUCCGCCUAAUUACAAGCUUGCUUAGAUUAAUUAUUACUUUUAUUUUUUAUCAAUCAAUAUUUAUUUAUUUAUUUAUUUAUUUUCGAGAGGUCUCAUCUCAUCCCGGCUUUCUGUCUACCGCUCUCCCUCCGUCGACCGAAAGCCCGACUCAUCGCUGAACAACUAAACUCGCGUCGACAAAAAAACGAUUUUUCUGCCCCCCCAAAAAAAUUGCCCCCCAAAUUUUUUUGCCCCCCCCGCCUCCUCACUACUCACUGGCUCUUAUGGCCUUUCACGUAGCUUGCCCAAUUACAUGCCUUCGAAUCUGCUCCUGCGAGCUAGGGUUUCCGCGGGAUCUGCACGGGGAGGCAUCGAAGUCCGAUUUCCUGCUCGAUGUGUCCAGAAUCGAGGAGCUAUGGAGGGAUCCCUCGCGAAUUAGGGCUUCCAACGGGGCUACCGUUCAGGUUUUGGUUCCUAAGAUUGUGCCUGCUCCUCCACAUCCUAUCCCUGUUCCUGCUGCUCCCACUCCGGUUUCGGUUCCCACUCUAGCUCCUCACCUCGCGGGAGGCGAUGGUGGGGAUGUUGAUCUUGGCGGGGAGGAUUCCGCGGCUUUGUCCGCUUCCGCGCACACAAAGCGUGUGGCGCUUCAAAAGAAGGCUGCUGCUACUGUGGUUGCUGCUGAGGAUUUCGCCCGAAGGUUCGAGUCUGGUGAAGCUGCGGUGGUCUCAAGAGACACUAAUGGAGAUGAGCAAGCACUUUCCAACACAAACACAAAGGUGAUGUGUCGAAUGUGCUUCUCUGGUGAAACAGAUGGUAGCGACAGAGCAAAAAAGAUGCUUUCUUGCAGAAGUUGUGGCAAGAAGUAUCAUAGGGGCUGUUUGAAAUCUUGGGCUCAACACAGAGAUUUAUUUCACUGGAGUUCGUGGGCUUGUCCAUCUUGCCGGACAUGUGAGAUAUGUCGAAGAACUGGAGAUCCAAAUAAGUUUAUGUUCUGCAAAAGGUGUGAUGGUGCUUACCAUUGUUACUGCCAACAUCCGCCCCACAAGAAUGUCAGCUCAGGACCAUAUUUGUGCUCCAAACAUACAAGGUGCCACAGUUGUGCAUCCACUGUCCCUGGAAAUGGUUUAAGUGUGAGGUGGUUUCUGGGGUUCACAUGCUGUGAUGCUUGUGGACGAUUGUUUGUCAAGGGGAAUUAUUGCCCAGUUUGUUUAAAGGUUUAUAGAGAUUCAGAAUCAACACCAAUGGUCUGUUGUGAUAUUUGCCAACGUUGGGUGCACUGUCAUUGUGAUGGCAUAAGUGAUGAGAAGUAUCUGCAGUAUCAAGUUGAUGGUAAUCUCCAAUAUGUUUGUGCAACGUGUCGCGGAGAGUGCUAUCAGGUUAAGGAUCUUGAAGAUGCUGUUCAAGAGCUGUGGAGAAGACGUGAUGUAGCUGAUCAUGAUUUGAUUGUCAGCUUGAGGGCUGCUGCAGGAUUGCCAACUCAAGAAGAUACUUUCUCUAUAUCACCUUACUCCGAGGAUGAAGAUAAUGGACCCAUAACGUCAAAGAAUGAGUUUGGGCGUUCUUUGAAGUUUUCCCUCAAAGGUGUUAUGGAUAACUCACCAAAGAAGAGCAAAGACUAUGGAAAGAAGUAUUUCAAUAGAAAAUCGAGCAAAAAGAAGAACUCUGAGGUACACUUAUUGAGUAAGAUAGAAGCAGAUGUGGACCGAUAUGAGACACAAUCUUAUGGACAGAGUUCUGAUGAGAGAAAGAACUAUGGGUCUCAUUCUUAUAAGAAUGCAGGAUUGGUUGCACAUCCUUCUCCUGUUGUUGGUGGUUUAUGUUACGCUAAUGCAACCAACUCUGUUGGUCAGCCAGGGGAUCUAAAACAGAAGCCUAUUGAUGAGGUGAUGGUUAAUGAUGGUGACAAGGGGGCAAGGAUUGUUAAGAUUAAGAGCAACAAGCCUCCUGAUAGGGAUAGUGGAGAUGAUAGUGAUAAGCAUGACAGCAAAAUGAAAUCUGUGAAAACCAAAAAGCUAGUGAUAAACCUAGGUGCACGAAAGAUAAAUGUUACUAAUUCCCCAAAGUCUGAUGCUUCAAGUUGCCAAAAAGAGCAGGAUUUGCCAAAUUCAAAAGGAUGUGAAGAUGCAGGAAAUCCUAAAAUAGGCGACAGUCUGAUGGACAAAGAGAAUGGAGAUGCUAAACCUGGUAAUGGAGGCAGAGUUGACCAAUCUGGCCAAGUAAGAAUUCUGAAGUUUGCUCGAAGAGGAAGUAGUUUGAUUAAACUUGGGAAAGUGAAAGGAGCACCUGAAGGGAAUCCAAAACUCGAGCGAGAUAAUGGCUCACAUACAAGUGCUUCAUCACUUGGAUGUGCAAGUGAAGUUCCAACAUUAAAAAAUGACCAGGCGCCACAGGGGAAACAAUCUGAAAGGCCAGUUACAAAUACUGAAACCAAUGAUGAUUCUGGAGGUACAACUGCAUCACUUUCUUUGCCCAAAGAUUCAAAGUUCUCUCUGAAGUUAAAGAUUAAGAAACCUAGCCUCGAUAAUCAAAGCUCUCAAAACCCCCCACCCGAAGAAAAGGCUACCAUAAGAGGGCAGAGGUCCAAAAGGAAAAGAUCAUCAGCCUUUGCAGAGAAGGCACCACUAAAUGAAGAUAAAACUGUUGUGCAAGACAGUGAGAUGUUGGAAGCUAGUUGGAUAUUGAAAAAGUUGGGUAAUGAUGCAAUUGGGAAGCGAAUUGAAGUCCAUCAGCCAUCCGAAAGCUCAUGGAACAAGGGAGCAGUUUCCGACGUGAUUGAAGGAACAUCAAAGCUGUCUGUAACCUUGGAUGAUGGUAGAGUCCUCACUGUUGAGCUUGGAAAGCAGGCUGUUCGAUUUGUUCCACAAAAGCAAAAGAGAUGAAUAUGGAGCACCAAACUCCUUUCAAAAGGAGUUCUUGGUGGUCCAAGAUGGGAAUGGAGCGACUCUUCCUUAUUAUUUCCGAAGAUGCUAUCUCCAUUAGCCAGAUCAUGGAGAUCGACUUUUCUUCUGGGUACCUGCCGAAUCUUUUCAUGCUGUGGAUAGGCUGUUCAGUCUCCAGGCUCUUCAUUAAUUGUUACCUUGUCCAUAUGCAGCUAGUGAUGAUCUCGAUGACUUAACUUUGUAGCAAAUAGUGCCUGUAUUGGAAUCAAAACGAUAAUACUCCAUUCAGGAACCCAAUGUCUGUAGUAGUAACACCCUCUGUCGUGUAAUUUGUGUUUAGUAGUCAGGCACUGCUUGGAAUUUGAGUUAUUUAUUGAAUUGAGCUUGACGGCUCACAUCUCGUACACAACUCUUUCCUAAGCAUAUCUAUAGCAGUUAGUACAAUGUUUGUUAGCAUCAGACUGCAUUUCAUUUUCAUUUCCAAGUUUUGAGAAACAGAAGUCAGGAUCUGAAGGCUGCAAAAUCGUACAGGUGGGUGGCAAGUCUAACAACAGCCAGAAUCCAAGUUAUCUGCACCCAGUAGGGGUGGGAAACAGUCCAGUUCGGUUUAAACCGGACCGGAUUGACCCGGUUUUUUGAAACCGUAUUGGACAACUCCACAACCGUAGACGGGAUUGGAUUGUUACCCGGUUCAACUGUGACCGGACUGGAUUGAAUCCGGUUUCAACCGAAAAACCGGAUCACCUUCUCCAUCCCAAAACACAGUCGUUUCAAUACCAAAAUAUUACCCUCUUUCUCCUGCCAACCACACAAUCCAAUCCCUAUUCACUACCAAAAAAUUGCCCUCACCAUUCUUUCUUCCCAGCUACCUUCGCGAUGCUUCUUCUCCCUCUCCCUCCUUCUACUGCCAACCACACAAUCUAAUCCCUAUUCCCUACCAAAAAAUUGCCCUCACCAUUCUUCCUUCCCAUCUUCCUUCGCGAUGCUUCUUCUCCCUCUCCCUCUACUGGAUCCAACCAAAUACACACAAGCAGCUCUGCCUAUGAGCUCGAUUAAAGUAAGAGAGGCGAGAAGACUUGGAUCUGGAGAAGCGAUUAGAGUCGCGUGAGUCGGGAAGGGGAUGCAUGUCGUCGGCCGCCGCGUCUCGAUCGAUCAAAUAUCCUCGUCGACUCCGUCACCAUCGUCGUCGCGCGCUGGGAAGUUGGAGAGCAGAGGACCUAGCAGAAGUCAGAUCGGACGGGAUGGACGACGGGUGAUGGAGGGAGGCGAUUGGCGUCUGCGAGUUCUGGUGGCGGAGUGGCGAUGGUUGGCGACGGGAUGGAGGGAGCCAAUGGUCGGAUUUUCUUCUUCUCCUACUCCUCUUGUGUGGUGGGACGGUGAAUGGGAAACAGAAAGUUGAGGGUUCGAGGGGGAGAGAACAGAGGAGGGUGAUUAGGGUUUGGGAUGGGGGGGACUGGGGGUGGGUUGUUUGGGCUGGGAUAUUAGCGGGCUAGGCUUGUUUGGGCUGGGAUAUUAGUGGACUAGGCUAGGCUAUUUGUUUAUUUUCUGUUGUUCGGUUUUUCCGGUUUUAACCGGAUCGGACCGGGCCUGUGAGUAUUACAACCGCAAACUGGAUUGGAUUGAUUGGGAUUCGGUUUCCGGUUGCAACCGGUACGGUUUUAACUGGCCAGUUUCCGGUUUGACCGGAAAACCGGGACCGGAUUUCCAGCCCUAGCACCCAGGGCCAGGAUUCAGCU